AUUGGGAAUGUUGAAAUAUCAUACGGGCUUGGUUAUACAGUGAACAUUGCGCUGGGCGAGGGAAGAUAGAUUAAAGAUUACAAGGUAAAAGUGAAAUUAGAAUUAUCAGAUUGACAACAGGAUAAAAGGUUCAGAGAUGGCAAACAAUUGUAAACGGGUUGUCUUGGUUUUACUGGCAAUAGCAGAAAUGGUUGCUUUUGUCAUUGCUGCCGGAUCAGUGGGGUAUUUUAUGGACCAGCUCGACAAAACCAUUAUCGACAUAAGCGAAAAAUCAGGAACGAAUGUCGAUAUCGGGGCUAUCUUUGACUCUGGAGUUUACGGGAGGGAAGAAUUCUUCCUUUUCGGUCUGGGUACAGGAUUUUUCGUUGCUCUUCUCUCAUUGGUGAUUGCAAUCGCAGGCCUACAAGAUACGGUUCACUACGCUGCAAGCAUUGCGACGUUUCAUGCAUAUUCUGCGCUUGUUCUGCUGGUCUCGGGGUCACUUCUCGCAAAGACGAACAUGCGAUAUGAGUCCAAACAUUUGUGCAAGUUUCUGGAUAUCUACUCUAAAAAUUCCCGAUGUUAUCAGCUUACCAUGGGGUUGGCGUUUGGUUUUGUAUCCAUGGCACUGUUAAUUGGAGACGCAAUCAUUUACUCCUGCUCGUUGGCUCGGAAUGUAGGGGUCAGUUUUGUGAACAUGGAAAAUAUGGCAUCCUAAAUAAUAAAGCACCCAAGAGAAUUACACAUUCCUAUUUCAUGAUUGAACAUUAAUUGUAUUUGUUGGUUUGAUAGGAGCAUGCAUGUCCAUUUUGUUGAUUGAUAGAAACAUAACCUAUCUAUUUAGUAAAGAAGAAUCAGGACAUAAUGAAGUAAAGAUAAUUAAGAUUGUGUUAAUGUAUUUUUGCUGCAAUUAAAAGACUUUCAGUGACAUGAAUUCUGAAU